AUGAGUGCAAAACUGGAUCACGAAAAUGUUUCAGAUCUUAGUGAUUACGAGAAGGAUGACAGACAUUCAGCAACACCUCAAGAAGUUGUUGAUAAAAUUGCGAAAGGUGGUGAAGAGACAAUUGUCGAAUGGCAUAAUAUAAUCCUUAGAGAGCCGCCAAAAUUUGAUGCAUUUUUGGAACAAGCAAAUAUGUUAAAAAAUCGUUAUCCAAAUGUAAUUUUAUAUGAUCGAUCACGUGUUAAACUACUUGGUGACAAAUUGGGUGACGAUUAUUAUCACGCAUCAUAUGUUGAUUCAUACGACCGACCAGACGGUUUUAUACUUGCACAAGCACCAUUUGAUGAAACGACCGAAUCUGAUUUUUGGCGAAUGAUAAUUCAAACAAAUACAAAACUAAUCGUUCUCUUAACGGAUGUUAAUAAUCGAGAAGGAAAUCGUCUAAUCAAGCACUUUUGGCCAGAAUCAGAUGCAAAUUCCCGUAAUUACACAGGAGCUAAUAUUAAAGUAAAUUAUACAAAGAGCGAUGCUACUGCAUUGUACGAUUGGUACAAAUUUUCGAUUAGCAAUAUUGUCGACAAAUCUAUGAAUACAAUCACAGUAACAAUGUUACAAUAUCGAAAAUGGAUAUAUGAUAAGAUUAUUCCAGAUAAUUUAUUAGAAUUUCGAUCCGAGGUUAGUAGUUCUUUUCUCUUCAAUAUUAUAAAAAUAAAAAUUUUUCAUGUUAAAAGAUGGGAAACAAAAAUGAUGAAAAAUGGCAAUGUGGGACCGAUAUGUCUUUUAUGUCCUACGGGCGUUCAUCGUUCUGGUACUUAUGCUAUUCUUGACAUUGUCUUGGAUCGAGUGACUGCUGAGAAAAAGGUUGGGUUGUUGGAAACAGCAAGUAUUGUCCGGAAACAACGUUACGGUUGCAUGUCCUAUUACUCACAUUACAGCCAUGUGGCUGAUUUAGUCGUUCGAUAUGCUAUAGCUACGGGUAUCGUCGACAUUGGGCAAAUAAAGCAGCAGGAAUAA